AUGGGGGAGGGACCCCGGCGCUCCAGAUGGAGGCGCUGGAGUCGGUGAUGAGGAUCAGCAAGUCUUGGGAUCCGCAGCAGCCGACACGGCACAUCGACUCCCUGUAUUUCCGGGACGGCCUGCGCCAGAUCGACUUCGUCAUCGCAUACUCCGACGACGGAAGCGAAGAAGAAGAGGAAGUGAAGAAGAGGAAGAAACGCAAGAGCUUCGAGACCCAUCUCAUGGAAGGGGGACUCGAAUUAGAGCUCGAAGACAAAAAGGUCGGUUCUAUUUCUGGACGCAGCAAAUAAGUCGGCCCGAAGAAUACACUCGACCCAAUCCAU